AUGGCUUCUGGAGUAAAACUUCCACCUAUGGUAAUUUUUAAAUUGAAAAAAAAGCCCAAAGGCCAAUUUCCACGUGAUAUCAUUGUUGCAGCAGCACCUCAUGCGAAUAUGAAAGCAGACCUUAUAAUUUCUACGUAUAUUCCUCAAGCUAUUCGGGCAAGACCAAAUGGUUUUUUUAAAUGUAAAGGCAUUAUAUUUGUCGAUGGUCAUCAAAGUCAUAUUCGUAAUGAUAUAAAAAGAGCAUUUAUAGUAGAAGGGCUUGAUCUUUUAGAAAUACCCGGAGGAACCACUAGCGUUUUGCAACCACUAGACGUUUCGAUUAAUAAGCCAUUUAAAAAUGGAAUGAGACAAAGAUGGAAAGAGUGGAUUGAUAAAGGAAAAGUAGUACUUACUAAAAAUGAAAACCAUAAGAAAGCUUUGUAUGAACUUGUUAGCAAAUGGAUGUCUAAAAUCUGGAAGGAAAUUAGUUCCAAUGUGUUAGUCAGAUCGUUCAAAGCAACUGGGCUUACGCUUAACCCAGAUGGUAGUGAGGAUUAUAAAAUGUCAGAUCGUCUUCGAGCAAUAUUGAAGAUCAUAUGA